UCCUCCUAUUGACAUUGCGUGUUUUUGUUUUGUCUGUUCCAAUUGUCCCUUCCCCUUUUGAGAGAUGGCUGAAGCUCUGGUUUCCGGCCAUGGUCACCAAACAAAACUAUUAGAGAGUCCGGAUAGGGAAAAAAACUGCGAGUUUUGCGUUUUACCAAAACUCGCAGUAUACCAUUGCAUAGAAUGUGAUGCAAACUUGUGUGGAGAUUGCUUCAAGAUCCCUAGAGAAAUUUCUCACAAUCGCCACCAGGGUCACGUUGUACGAUUAACGUUAACUCCAAAGUUAUAUGAACUGAGUGAGGAUGAACCUUACUAUCAUGGUUUGUAUUUUCUCAUAUGUAAAGAGUGUCAUUACAUUUCAUAUCCUCGUGGGAGUUAUAGAUGUGACAAAUGUGAGUUUUGCAUGUGUGUUGAGUGUGUCAUUUCAACAAGGACCAAGAUUCCGCUCGGAUGGGAAAGUAACGAGGAAUUCCGCCAUUGGAGCGAUGUGCACAAACUUGUGAGAUGUAGGUUUAGAGAGUACAGUCUUGUGGUGGAAAAGUUUCCUUACAAUUGCAUUGUAUGCGAGCUCUCAAUGUGGGGUACUGGUUAUGCUUGUCCUGAACUUAGAUGCAACAAAUUCAUACAUGAAUCAUGCAUCAGCACACCUCGAGUCAUGCGUCAUCCUUUGCACCCCUAUCACCCUCUCAUUAAUUAUUGUCAUGAUUUCACCCUUAGAUCUAAAUAUCAGAAAUGCGAGGCUUGCAGGCAGGUUCUCCUAACACAGCUCCUACCGACUUAUACUUGCAAUGAAUGCGAGUUUGCAUUGCAUUUUCAAUGUGCCAUUUCAAUCCUCCGACCGGUAAAGCUUGGAUUCCAUGAACAUAGUCUUGUAAGCAUUCUCGUCAUCGACUCUGCCUCCUCGUGUUACGUUUGUAGAAGUAAAGUCCGGAAUCACGGUCUCCAUUGCGUGAUAUGCAAGGAAUAUUUUCACGUGGGGUGUGUUUCUGUUCCGAUAGAGUGGAAACACGAGCAUCAUGAGCACAAACUUAAGCUUAUGGACGGAUCAAUAUCAGAAGCAUCUCAUCAUAAGUAUAUUCAGAGCGAGUAUUCAUGUGACAUAUGUGAGGGGAUGAUCAAGAAAGCAGCCAAUGUUCAUGUUUACGGAUGUAACGUCUGCAAGUUCUAUGCCCACUUCGAAUGCGUUCUAUCUAAGAAAGAUGGAUUAAAGCUAGUUUCGUCAUCCUUCUGGGUAGAAAAUCAUAAUCAAACCGAGGGUUCCAAUGGUUCCAAUUAUCCAAGUAUUCCAAUGGUUCCAAUUAUCCAUGACCAUCCACUGAGAUUGCAAAAUGGGAGCAAUAAACUUUGUGGAAUGUGUAACCUUCGAAUAAAUGGCCAAGCCUACGCAUGCGAUGACUGUCAUGAUGAUGGUGCUUUCUGGGUUCAUAAGGAAUGUGGAGAGUUACCUCAGACCUUGGUCGACCAUCCUCUUCAUCCCCUUCAUAAUCUCCAUCUCAUUAGAGAGUCGUCCAUGGAUAUUUGUGUAUGUGACAUCUGCGGAGACGCUUUCCAAGGAUUUCAUUUCUACUGUCGGCCGUGCGAAUUCUCCAUGGAUGUCAAAUGUGCAUUCGUAAGUAAAGCCGGACAGAGUUUCUACGGCAAGCACGGCGGAAAGACUCUUAGACACCCUUUCCACUGCUCCCAUGAACUUACCCUUGCCAAUUUUAGUACACAUCGCCCACUGACAAUAAAGUGCCAUAUGUGCUUAGAAGAACUCCUAGAUUUGUCAUAUGUUUGCAAACGGUGUUAUUGGAACUGUGGUUUCCACAAAGCGUGCAUGGAAUGGCCGCGUUCGGUGGAGGGACAUCCUAUGGCUCCUCAUCAUCUUCUCCAACUUCAUCAAACAGAAUGGUGGCGACGCCCCGGACGUGUGCAGUGUUUUGCAUGUGGAGAUAGAAACAGCUUGAUGUUCUGCUAUGAAGCUGUGGAUUCGGAAAGAGGCUUAUGUUUUUACCAUCUUGAAUGUGGAACUUCUUUGGCUCGUCCCUUACAACGCGGAGGUCUUCCCCAUAUACUAUAUCACCUUCCCAACCCGCCUUCUAAAGGUAUAUAUAGAGCUCGACCACCCAACAAUCCUAGAUGUGCUUCGUGCCGACAAAAAGUGAUGGGUUCGUAUUAUCAAUGCCUCAAGUGUAGUCUCGAGUUCCAUGUCGAAUGUCUUCGAAAGGCAAAAUGGCUACCAAGCACCGCCAAACAUGAACAACAUGUGCACCCACUCUCUCUCAAGGAAUAUGUCCAUUACGGAGGAUACUACUGCGAUAUCUGCGAAGAACCCAGAGACCCUCGGCAUCCUUGCUACGCAUGCGACGACUGCGAAUUUGUCGUGCAUAUGGAAUGCAUUGUUUCUGAAGAAAAUGCCUCGAAUGUGAAGCUGGAAAAGAUCGAAGGAGAUGAUGUUGUGAAGAUCCAAGAGUGCUGCACAUUUAUAUUUACCGACUCCUGAGGCACUAUUUGUGUAUAUUCAUUUGAUUUCAUAUUGAUCCAAAUAAAUUGGUAUAUGCUCCGCAUCAUGUUUAAGCUUUUAUUCCUUAAACAUCUAUUCAUUUUCUUUGA